AUGGCUUUCAUUAAAAAAUUGCAGUACCAUAGUGGGACUAAUUUUGGUAGAACAAGUGCUGUUUUCACCACAACUAGAUACUAUGAUGAAGCUCCUCUUGAUGAAUAUGGUUUACAAAGGGAGCCUAAGUGGAGUCACCUAAGAGACUUACACAAGGCUUUGAAUCUAUGCAAGAAGGCUUUACUUUGGGGAACUCCUGGAGUCCAAAGGUUGGGCAAGCACACUGAGGUUCGGCUUUAUGAGAAGCAAGGAACAUCCAUCUGUGCUGCUUUUUUAACCAACAACAGCACCAAAGGGGCACACACUGUGAAAUUUAGGGGUGAUAUCUUUUACCUGCCACCAAGGUCCAUAAGCAUUCUUCCUGAUUGCAAGAAUGUGGUCUACAACACUCAAAUUAUUGUAUCACAACAUAAUGCAAGGAACUAUGUCAGAGUGAAAGAAACCAAAAAUCUUAAAUGGAAGAUGUCUCCAGAGCCCAUUCCAAAUGUCCAUCAAAUGAAUAUCAGUAACAAAAUACCAAAUGAGCUCUAUGGCAUGCUUAAAGAUACCACAGACUAUGGAUGGUACACCACCAGCAUUGAACUAAGUCGGCAUGACUUGCCAAUGAGGCCUGAUAUUCUACCUGUUAUAAGAGUUGCAAGUCUUGGCCAUGCACUGCAUUCAUUUGUUAAUGGUGAAUAUAUUGGAUCUGCACAUGGGAGUCAUGAAGAGAAGGGAUUUGUUUUCCAAAAAGCCAUAACCUUAAAGCCCGGGACUAACCAUAUAGCAUUGUUGGGCAUGACAGUUGGACUCCCUGAUAGUGGAGCCUACAUGGAGCAUAGAUAUGCAGGGCCCCGAGCUGUCACAAUCCUUGGUUUGAACACUGGAACAAUCGAUCUGACACAAAAUGGUUGGAGGCAUCAGGUUGGUCUGACUGGAGAAAUGAAUCAUGUGUUUGCUGACAAAGGAACAAAGAAGGUUGAGUGGACUCAAGUAAAAGAAGAAGGACCAGCUCUCACUUGGUACAAGGUCUAUAUUGAGACGCAUUUCUUUGGCGUAAUACUAGACAACAUUGACGGUUGAAGUUUUUAGAAUAAAAAAUAUAUUUCACUAACAUUGUAUACAUUUCUUGUUUAAUAUUUGGUGAUAAUAUAAUUUGAUUGUUGUAUAAACUGUCAUGUAAUAUGAUUUUGUAAGCCGGGUAGACUAAAUACUGAAAUGAUAUUUUUGAGUAAUUAAUAAAUUAUUUUGUUGUAUUUUCUUUUGAAA